AUGUAUUCCGAACCUUUGAGAGACAUUUUUGUGUCUCAUAUCCUCAAAAAUGAGGAUCUGGAGAUCAACCAGGAUCCUCAUCUCCUGCCUAAUUUGACAUUGGGUUACAAUAUCUAUGAAGGUUAUUUCAACACACGAAUGACUGCAGAUGGUUUGCUUGACCUGCUUUCAGCCGGGGAGUCCAAUGUUCCCAAUUACAGCUGUGGACGUGAGAAAACCCCAUUGGUGGUUCUUGAAGGGGCAGAAACUGACAUCGCCAUCCAGAUCUCAACCUUUCUGAAUGCCUACAAAAUCCCUCAGAUCAGUUAUACAUUUGCAUCACACAUUCUGAGUGACAAGACUCGGUUUCCUUUUUUCUAUCCAAUGGUCCCCAUUGAAGGAGUCCAGUAUCCAGUAAUUAUCAAACUUCUCCUCCAUUUCAAGUGGACGCUGGUUGGUUUGGUUGCUCCAGACACUAGCAAUGGCCAGAGGUUCAUAAAUAUGUUGAUUUCUAUGCUGACAGAGAAAGGCAUUUGUGCAGUUAUAUCACAAAGGUUUACAGUGGUUGCCAGUGAAUUAAAAAUAAAGCUUCGUCAAUACUACAAGUGGAAACAAGUCAAUGUCUUUGUUUACCAUGCAGAGACAAGUUAUUUCCUAGAAGGCAUAGCAGUUAUAGAAAAAGUGCUGACUGCCUUUAAAAAGCCCAUUGUAGGAAAAAUUUGGAUCACAACAGCCCGCUGGGACCUCACUUUAGGUUUGAAGGUUUCCAUCUCUUCUUUGCCCAACGUCCAUGCCAUUUUUUCCUUUCUCAUGAAAACAAAGAAAGUGGCAAACUAUGAUGGAUUUAAGCUCUUGUAUUCUUUCAUGGAUCAGUUUCUAGAGGAAGCUUUCCAAUGUUCCUAUGGAAAGGCUGCAUCAUCUGUGAAAGUCUGGAGACGAUGCAGAGAGAGAGAAGACCUGGAGCCUCUGCCCAGAGAGAAGAUAGAACAGAUCCUGGCUCUAGACAGCUAUUUCAUUUAUAACACGAUCUGGGCUGUGGCACGGGCUUUGAAUUUGGCCAAUUUAUCCCAAUCUAGGAGAGGCAUGAGAAAACCUGUCAAGUGGUUGGAGAUUCAAAGCCUAAAGCCUUGGCAGCUUCACUCCUUCCUCCAGAAGCCCCAGUUUUAUAAUAAUUCCAUGGAAGGUGUAUACUUGGAUGAGAAAGGCGAUCUGGCGGCUAACUUAGACAUCCUAAACUCUGUAGUUUCCGCCAAUAAAACCAUCACUAGAAUGACAUUGGGGCAUCUAGGAAGGCAUACAUUUGCAAUUAAUCAAAAUAGUAUUGCACGGAUGGAAAUGCUGAGCAAACCAUUGCCUCCUUCCAGGUGUGUAGAAAGCUGCCGUCCUGGGUUUGUGAAGGUGGCUCGUGAAGGAGAACCCAUUUGCUGCUACAACUGUUUUCCAUGUGCAGAAGGAACCAUCUCAACCAAAGAAGAUGCAGAAUCUUGCACCAAAUGUCCAGAAGAUCAGUAUCCAAACAUAAACCAAGAUCGCUGCAUCUCCAAGGCUAUAACCUUCUUAUCCUAUAAAGACUUUUGGGGAAUUGUCCUAGCAACCAUUGCCCUCUUCUUGUCAUUAAUCUCGGGCUUUGUUUUGGUAAUCUUCAUUAAACACUUAAAAACUCCAAUUGUCAAAGCAAACAACCAGGACCUUUCCUUCAUCCUCCUGAUCUCACUCCUGCUUUCUUUCUUGACCCCCUUCCUCUUCAUUGGUCAGCCAACCAAACCAACCUGUCUCCUGCAGCAAAUGGUCUUCAGCAUCAUCUUCUCAACUGCCAUCUCUUCUGUCCUAGCAAAGACAAUCACAGUAGCAGUGGCCUUUUUGGCCACAAAACCAGGGAAUAAACUGAAGAAAUGGUUAGGGAAGAGCUUGGCCAACUCCAUCGUUCUUGGUUGUUCCAGUGUCCAAGUUUUCAUUUGCAUCAGCUGGCUGGCCACUUCUGCCCCAUUCCCUGACUCUGACCUGCACUCUCAACCUGGAGAGAUCAUCCUGCAAUGCAAUGAAGGCUCUGCUGCCAUGUUUUAUGUUGCUCUUAGCUACAUGGGCUUCUUGGCUGCUGUCUGCUUUAUGGUGGCUUUCCUAGCCAGGAACCUCCCAGGGGCUUUCAAUGAAGCCAAGCUGAUCACCUUCAGCAUGUUGAUUUUCUGCAGUGUUUGGGUAUCCUUCGUGCCGACCUACCUGAGUACCAAAGGGAAAUAUAUGGUGGUCGUGCAGAUUUUCUCCAUCUUGGCUUCCAAUGCUGGCCUGCUCGGCUGCAUCUUCCUCCCCAAGUGCUAUAUUAUCAUUCUGAAGCCAAAUCUGAAUACAAAAGAACAUCUGAUGUUAAAAUAA